AACCAUUUUUAAAAUAAUGACAUUGAUGAGAAACACGCUUAUACGUGUGAGACAACUUUUACUGGGAAAUUAUACACUUUUUCUCACUUAAAAUGUGUAAAUUUAAAAUAAUUACUGAGUUAUCUGCACUUUAUGAACAGCACACUGCAAAAUCUUGAAGAAAUAGUUGAUUUUAAAAAAAACCACAUGAACGGGAAAUCGGAAAAACAUGGCUAACAAUAUUCACGUCUUCUUGGUUUCUUGCUCAGUUCGCGGUAAAAAUAUCUGUAGAUCGGAUAAUGGCUAGGUCGUAUAUAUUUGGGGAGUGCAAACGAUAUAGUACACUGACAAUAGCAAUGUAUUUUGAAAGUUAGGUGCCUGGAUCUUAAAAACAUACAUAUACAAAAUAUAAUUUUUGUCAGAAAAUUUGUACUAUAAAAUCAAAUCGGAAAAAUACCUGCGACUUUAUUGUACGAACUGCUAUCGCUACGUUAAGUUGUGUGAUGUCACAAAAGACGCAAUAUUUAAAAAAUUACGUCUUGGUAUUUUUUUAUUUUAAUUAAACAAUCAAUAGUAUUCAAAAUGGAAUCCACAUCGGUGUCGAGGCGGUUGUUUGACACCUCUGCCAGUGACGUCACAGAGAGUUUUGAUUCUUCUUUCGAUGACGAGGCAGAGACAUCCAUACAGAAAGAAAACACUGAAAUUGAAAGGCUGGAAAACCUUAUAUUCUCAUUUGUGACCGGCCACCAAUACAAAUGGGGAGACGAACAAAUUUUAAAGUACGCUGAAAAAGCACAAGCAAAAUUUAAAGCAGGUUUCUACGGUCAAGCAAUAGUCCGUUUCAAAGAUCUGCUGAACUUUAUUGAGGAUGUAGAAUUUUCGAGCAAGAAAUAUCCUGAAGUUGGAGAUGCAUUUAAAGUACAGAGUGCAAUAUGUGAACAAAUUUCCCUUUGCUAUCUGUGCUCUAACAACAAUCAUGCAGCUUUGGAAAGAAUUCUCCAGUUAAGUGAAAUUGACACACUUAAGCUAACCUGUACAUUUUGUCACAUACUUAAAUUACAUUAUUUAAACACCUAUCCCAGUUUGAAAAAAACAUACAAAAUUACAAUGCUGACUUUCCUAUUUAAACUAUAGAGUAAAGUGGGGGAAGAUGGGACACCUUUUCAUUUCAUUUUCUCGUCACAUUCGUUAGUAAACA